GCCGGCUCCCGAGCUGCCUCAGACGGAGCCAGCCAGCCAGCGCGGCCCCCCUUCCCUUUUCCCCGGUCCCGGCCUCACCAUGAGUAGCGGCAGCGCCGGCUCUUCCCGGCCCCGGACGAGCUCCUUCGCAGACCCGUCAGGCGGGGCUCCCGCCACAGCGUCCACCGCGCCAGGCCCGACCUCGGGGGCAGCGCCGGGGGCGAAGCCCGGGGGGGCUGCCGGGCCUGGCCCGGGGGGAGGCGGGUCCAGCACGGCAGUCGGCUCCUUCCCGGGGCUCAAGCUGGGCCGAGAUAGCGGCAAGGUGACCACCGUGGUGGCCACGCCAGGUCAGGGCCCCGACCGCCCCCAAGAAGUUUCGUAUUCUGAUAUCAAGGUCAUCGGCAAUGGGUCAUUUGGGGUCGUCUACCAGGCCCGACUAGCAGAUUCCGGAGAGCUGGUUGCUAUCAAGAAGGUGCUGCAAGAUAAACGCUUCAAGAACCGAGAGCUGCAGAUCAUGAGGAAGUUGGAUCACUGCAACAUUGUUCGCCUGCGGUAUUUCUUCUACUCGAGUGGGGAGAAGAAGGAUGAAGUUUAUCUUAAUUUAGUCCUGGACUUCGUGCCCGAGACGGUCUAUCGCGUGGCCCGACACUUCACCAAAGCCAAACAGACCAUCCCUGUCAUCUAUGUAAAGGUGUACAUGUACCAGCUGUUCCGCAGUCUUGCUUACAUCCAUUCUCAAGGCGUGUGUCAUCGGGACAUCAAACCCCAGAACCUACUGGUGGACCCCGACACAGCAGUACUGAAGCUUUGUGAUUUUGGCAGUGCAAAGCAGCUGGUGCGAGGAGAACCCAACGUUUCCUACAUCUGUUCCCGCUACUAUCGUGCUCCUGAGCUCAUCUUUGGAGCCACAGACUACACCUCAAACAUAGAUAUCUGGUCUGCUGGCUGCGUGCUGGCAGAGCUGCUUCUGGGGCAGCCUAUAUUUCCUGGGGACAGUGGAGUGGACCAGCUGGUGGAGAUCAUCAAGGUGUUGGGGACACCAACGCGAGAACAGAUCCGAGAAAUGAAUCCCAACUAUACGGAGUUUAAGUUCCCCCAGAUUAAAGCACACCCCUGGAUAAAGGUGUUCAAGCCUCGCACGCCGCUGGAGGCCAUCUCGCUGUGCAGCCGGCUGCUGGAGUACACGCCCGCCACCCGCCUCUCCCCACUGGAGGCUUGCGCCAACAGCUUCUUCGACGAGCUGCGUGAGCCCAAUGCUCGGCUGCCCAACGGCCGCGACCUGCCCCCCCUCUUCAACUUCAGUCCUGUGGAGCUAUCCAUCCAGCCAGGGUUGAACACAAACCUCAUUCCACCACACAUUCGAUCCCAGGCCAGCUCGGUGGGAAGUGUGCCUGGCUCCACAUCUUCGCACAGUGAGGGGAGAAUGGGAACCGACAGGAGCCAGGUUACACCCGGAGACGGAGCAGGACCCAUCGCCAACACAUCCUGAGGGGCUGCUGGGCCGGGGGGGCAGGUCCCCUCCACUUACCCCCUACCCUCCAGGCCACCCACAUGGACUUCUCUGAACUGUGAACGGUGGGGGGGGGGAAGCAACGGUGUGGCCUGGGGGAUCAUGUGGAGCUUGCCUCCCGUUGGCCAGUGGGGAGGCCAAUCGGAGAUGAGACGGCCACUUGGAUGGGAAGGGGGAGGGGGCGGAAUUCCCUGUCUCCCUGAAUCACUUUGCGGUUCCCUCCCAUGUUGUCCCAUGAUGCCUCGGCACGGGGAGAGGGCAGAAAAAAAUACCAUGGCUUA